AUGGCUACCGCAAGACUAAAUUCUAUCUUGGCUCAGCUUAAGCCUGCUACCGGUGGGAGCAGCGCUGUCCAGAAGAUCACCCAGAAGAAUGCGGAUGAUAUCGUAAUCACCCUUGCAGCGCGAACGCCCAUGGCCAGAGGCUUCAAGGGAAGCUUCAAGGAUACCGAGCUCGAUUAUAUUGUCUACUCUCUUUUGAAGGAAGUGGUUUCUCGCUCCAAGGUGGACCCUAACCUGAUCGAAGAUGUUGUCAUGGGAUGCUCGAACAACGAGCGCGCAUCCAGCAUCAUCCGUGCUGCCUCCCUCGCAGCCGGAAUUCCAUAUACCUCCGGUGCCUCAGCCGUCAGCAGAUUCUGCUCGUCCGGUCUCUACUCCAUCCAAGACGUCGCCAACCAAAUUUCCAAUGGAUCAAUUGACAUCGGUAUUGCUGUUGGUGCCGAAUCCAUGACCAAGGGCCCCACUGGAAAGCCCGCUCCCUUCGCCCCAGAAGUCCUCGCCAACCAAAACGCAGCAGACUGCUCGCAGCCUAUGGGACAGACAUCCGAGAACGUCGGCUCCGACUUUAACAUCACCCGUGAAGCUCAGGACCGAUAUGCAGUCGAGUCUUUCCGCCGUGCAGAGGAGGCUCAGAAGGCCGGCAAGUUUGUAGACGAGAUCAUCCCUAUCACUACCAAGGUUAAAGAUCCCAAGACUGGGGAGGUGAAGCAGAUCACCGUUUCCAAGGAUGAGGGUCCACGAUACGGAACUACCUUUGAGGGAUUGAGCAAGAUCCGUCCUGCUUUCCCACAGUUUGGUAACAGAACCACCGGUGGAAAUGCCAGUCAGAUUACCGAUGGAGCUGCCGCCGUUCUCCUCAUGAAGCGUUCCAAGGCUGAGGAACUCGGCCAACCUAUUAUCGGCAAAUUCGUUGGAGCUACCGUUGCUGGUGUCCCACCACGCAUUAUGGGCAUCGGCCCAUCCAUCGCCAUCCCCAAGCUCCUCUCCAAAUUCAACCUCCGCAAGGAAGAUAUUGAUAUCUUUGAAAUUAACGAGGCCUUUGCCUCUAUGGCAGUUUAUUGUAUCAACACCCUUGGCCUUAAUCACGCCAAAGUUAACCCAUGUGGUGGAGCUAUUGCUCUCGGCCACCCACUUGGCUGUACCGGUACGAGACAGGUUUGCACCAUCAUGAACGAGGCAAAGAGACAAAAGGCAAAGGUCUUGGUAACUAGUAUGUGCAUUGGAACUGGACAGGGAAUGGCUGGUUUGUUCGUCAAUGAGCAGUAA